CGCUGGAGGACGGAGACAGGACGACUAUGUCCACUCUGGGCUGGUAGCGCCACUAGGCGCUCAGUGCGGUGCGGGCUCACUAGACGGAGCGCGCUGCGGGGAGUUCUGCCUUCUUGAUCUUCACCCUUUUUGACCUUGAUCUUCACCCUUCUUGACCUUCACCCUUCUUGGAGACAGACUGGCAAGAGGAGGAGGGACUUCGUCCAAACGCUAGGUGGCUGGGUCCAGGUGCCUACGUUUUGACUUGGUUCCUGAGGUAGCUGCUUGGUCUGACGUUCCAGGAAGGAUUCUAUUCCCAGACAGCCGGAGAUCACACCAAGGAGAUUAUCAGGCUCUUGGUUCUUGAGUAGUACCUGAGAAGCUCAAGCCUUGGGUGUGAGCUCGACAGCCAGACAGCUGUGAGAAGCUGGUUGCACUGCUGGAGAAUCCCAGGAUGUACCAGCGUGAAGACGACGCCAACAGCAACGGCGACAUGAGGUGGAACCGAGGAGGAACACCCCCGGCCCGCCCAGCGCCCUCCUUCAGCAGCGACCGGGACCGGGAUCGGGACGGGGACUGGGAUCGCAGGGGCAGAAGCAGGGACGUGGAGCCGCGUGACCGCUGGGCACACAGCAGGAGCCCCAGAGGCAGGCUGCCUCAUCGCGACCUUUCCCUGCCUGUGAUGGCCAGGGCAAGUUUCCAGAUGGAAAGAGAGGAGGACGGUGUCUCCAUGGAUUACGAGUCCCGAUCCCAGGAUGCCGAGUCAUACCGGAGUGUUAUGGAGGCCAGCGAGGACAGGAAGUCUCAGAACCCGAUCCAGGACAACAUGGAGAACUACAGGAAGCUGCUGUCACUGGGGGUGCAGCUUGCUGAAGAUGACCGCCACUCCCACAUGACACAAGGCCACUCCUCCAGAGCCAAGCGAAGUGCCUACCCGAGCACCAGUCGCGGUCUGAAAAUUAUGCCUGAAGCCAAAAAGCCAAGCCACCGUCGGGGGAUCUGUGAGGAUGAGUCUUCUCACGGAGUGAUCAUGGAAAAAUUCAUCAAGGAUGCAGCACACGGCUCCCGGUCGGGAAGAGCCAGGGAGCCGAAUGAUCGGCUGCAGAGGUUCCCCAGAGUGCCAGAUGACCACUGGAGGGACAGUUCGUUAAACCGCAGGGAGCCACUGGCCCCUCAGAGGGGCUAUGAGGGGAGCGCAUUUAGGGGAGGCUUCAGGUUCAACCCCAACCUGAUCUCUAGAAGGAGGGCUCUGGAGAGGAAAAGGCGCUAUCAUUUUGACACAGAGGGGAAGAGCGGGGCUCAUGAGCAUAAGGGCAGUGCCAGGAAGAAGCCCUUUGAGUGUGGCAGUGAAAUGAGAAGGGCCACGGGCACGAGCAGCCUGGCCUCAGCCUCCUCCUCAGAGUCACAGCCCAGUGACCUGGGGGCGACACCCUACGUGUGUGACGAGUGUGGGCGCUCCUUUACCGUCAUAUCAGAGUUCGUGGAACACCAGAUCAUGCAUACGAGGGAGAAUCUCUAUGAGUAUGGCGAGUCCUUCGUUCAGAGCUCUACUCCCAGUGAGGGUCCGAGCCAGAGUCAUCAGAGUGGAGGGAAACGCUUUGAGUGUAGAGAGUGUGGGGAAGCCUUCACUAAGAGCGCCGCCCUGGCGGAGCACCGCAGAAUCCAUGCCAGAGAGUACCUGGCUGAGUGUAAGGACCAGGAGAGUGAGGAGCAGGCCCUGCCCAGCCCAACCUUCAGUGAGCUUCAGAAGAUGUAUGGCAAAGACAAAUUCUAUGAGUGUCGUGUGUGUAAGGAAACCUUCCUUCACAGUUCUGCCCUCAUUGAGCACCAGAAAGUCCAUGAGGUAGGGAGCUGUGGUGGAGAUGAGGCCAGUGAGCGUGACCAUGAGCCAGGGCGUGGGGCAGCCUUCAUGCCCGGCGCAGCCCUGAGAGAAUUUCAGAAAAUGUAUGGCAAAAACAAGAUCUACGAGUGCAAGGUGUGUGGGGACUCCUUCCUCCACAGCUCCUCUCUGAAAGAGCACCUCAAAAUCCAUGCCAGGGGAAACCCAUUCGAAAGCAAGAGCCCAGCCUGUGAGGGGGCCUUCACACCUAGCCCAUCCCUCAAAAGACGUCAGAAAACUUACACCAAGGAGAAGUUCUUUGACGUUAAAGAUGGCCGGGAUCCCUUUAUGCAAAAUGCAGACCUCAGUGAGCAGCAGAAAAUUCAUUCUCGAAAGAACUUCUUCAAUGGCCGUGGAUAUGAGAAGUCUGCUGUGCAUAGCAUGCCCUUCACUGAAUCUCAGAAGAGUCACACCAUCACGAGACCACCUGAGGAUGAGGAAGAGAAGAAGGCAUUCACCAUCAGCUCUAAUCCUGAUGAAGCCCAGACACCUCCCACGAAGGAAAAUGCCUACGAGGGGAAGUUCUAUGAGAAAUCUAAUACUCACCGCUUAGGCUCUGCAGAAGCUCAGAAAAGUGUGGCUGGGUUCACUAAACCCACAGUGCCCGCAAUGCCCGCCACGCACAGCUCAGAGGUCCCCAACUACAUGAAAGCCCGUUUUGGAGAGAAUUCCUCUGCAGGGAAGGAAUACUUGGCUUCCAUUACCCGUAGCCUGGCUAUUCCCAGAUCUCUGAAGCGUUACUAUGUUAACAAAGAGGCAGGCUGUGAUGAGAAGGGAGAGUCCUCCACUUACCUCUCAGACCUCCACAACAAGCGCCAGAAGAUUCCUGCCAGAGAGAGCCCUUAUGAUGGGGAUAGUAAUGAUUACAGAGAUGCCACCAUGCCAAGCACAUCCUAUGCAGAGCCUCAAAGAAGCCUUGCUGGAGACAGAGCACGUGAAUUCAAACAAGAUGGUGUCUUUUCAGUCCCCACCACCAGUGUCCGCAGCCACCAGAAAGCUCGUGCCAAGAAGAAGUACAUUGAGCCCACUGUCUAUCAUUCCCUACCUUUUGGUGAGCUGCCAAUAGUUCGCCCUAGAGAAAAGCUCUACGAAUGCCAGGAGUGUGGCGAGUCCUUUUAUCGUAGCUCUGACCUCAUUGAGCACCAGAAGAUUCAUGACCGAGAAAAGCCCUCUGGAAGUGGGUACUAUGAGCGAUCUAUCAAUCACAGCAUGACCACUACUAGUCCUCAGACAAGUUAUACCCAAAAGCAGUAUGCUGAAGAACAAGCACAUGACAAAUCCAACAAGUCUGCUACCAACAACAGCCUCCCUGUGCAAUGGAACAUCUGUACCCAAGAGAAGACUCCUGGGGAGGAAACCUAUGCUGAGAAGACCCAAGGUCAGACCCAGGAGCAGAAGAUGGACAGUCAGGAGACUCAGGAGCAGAAGAUGGAUGGUCAGGAGGCCCAGGAGCAGAAGAUGGAUGAUCAAGAGACCCAGGAGCAGAAGAUGGACAGUCAUGAGAUCCAGGAUCAAAAGAUGGACAGUCAGGAGAUCCAGGAUCAGGAGAUAGAUGGUCAGGAGAUCCAAGAUCAGAAGAUGGAUGAUCAGGAGAUCCAAGAUCAGGAGAUAGAUGAUCAGGAGAUGGAUGCUCAGGAGACCCAGAGUCAUGAGAUGGAUGCUCAGGAGACCCACUGUGAAGACACCUGUGAUCAGGGGAUCAACAGUGAGGAAAGCCAGGGUCAGGAGAUGGAUGACCAGGAGAGCCAAGAUCAGGAGACAGGUGAGGACACUAUCAGCCAGGUGUCAAGCUCGGAUGAGCAGAAGGAUGAGCCUGAAGACACCAUCUAUGAAUGUCAGGAAUGUGGGCUGGGCUUCGUGUACCUCACAGACCUCACAAGCCAUCAGGACGUGCACAGCAGGAAGUGCCUCGUUGACAGCCGUGAAUACGCGCUCUCAGAUGUACACAUGCAUUCCCUCAGUGAGUACCAGAAGGAGUGCGCUGGAGAGCAGCUCUUUGAGUGCCCCAAGUGUGGUGAGUCUUUUAUCCAUAGCUCCUUCCUGUUUGAGCAUCAGAGAGUCCAUGAGCAAGAUCAGUUGUAUUCUGUGAAGGGUUGCGAUGAUGGUUUUAUCUGCCUCUUGCCAGUGAAGUCGAGGAGGAGCCGAGCUGCUGAGAGGAACCCCGCCGUGGCGGGGGCGGCCAUCCGCUGCCUGCAGUGUGGGCAGGGCUUCAUCCACAGCUCAGCCCUCAACGAGCACCUGCGGCACCACAGGGAUGAAGAGUUCCUGGAGCAAACGGAAGGGGGCGAGGAGAUCUUUAUCCAGACCCUGGCCCUCACCGAGUUCCAGGGCAGUGAAACCGAGGAGAAGCUCUUCGAGUGCACCGUCUGUGGAGAGUGCUUCUUCACAGCCAAGCAGCUGGGAGACCACCACACCAAGGUGCACAAGGAUGAGCCCUAUGAGUACGGGGCCUCCUUCACCCAUGCCUCAUUCCUCACUGAGCCCCUCCGGCGGCCCGGGCCCUUCUAUGAGUGCAGGGACUGUGGGCAGGCCUUCAUGCAUGACACAAUCCUCACCAAGCACACGGUGUUUGACCCUGAAGAUGAAGAGGAUGAUGAUGAGGAGGAGGAGGAGGAAGAAGCGGCCACCGCACAGGAGGUUGAAGUCAACGUCCUCAUUCCGCAGGAAGUUCUGCGCAUCCAAGGGUCAAAUGUAGAAGCUGCUGAGCCAGAGGUGGAGGCGGCUGAGCCAGAGGUGGAGGCGGCCGAGCCAGACGUGGAGGCUGCAGAGCCGGACGGAGAGGCAGAAGGACCUGAUGGAGAGGCGGCUGAGGCAGAUGGGGAGGCUGAACAGCCCAACGGAGGGGCCGAGCACCCCAAUGGGGAUGCUGAUGAGCCAGAUGGUGUGGGCAUUGAAGACCCAGAAGAAAGGGUGGAGGAGCCUGAGGGGGAUGCUGACGAGCCGGAUGCGGCGGGCAUCGAAGACCCCGAGGAGGAGGGCGAGGAGCAGGAGAGGCCUUACUACAACUGCCAGGAGUGCACUGAGACCUUCACAUCCAGCGCAGCCUUCGGGGAGCACCUGCGAGCCCACGCCAGCCUGGUCCUGCCCAGCAACGCCCCAGGAGAGGGCGCAGGCCCCAGUGCGGCCCAGUGGGUUGACCACCAGUACUUCAGAUGUGACGUCUGCGGCCAGCUCUUCAACGACCGCCUGUCCCUCGCCAGACACCAGAACACCCACACCGGCUGAGCAGAAGGGGCCGCCACGCCUCCCUGCCCAGAGCUGGACCGUGCCAAAACACAGAGAACUGAACUUAUUCCAAUACCAAGAAACCACCUUAGGACAUGCACACCCAAGGUAGCAUAGACAACCCAGACUGGACCGUGAAGCCGCCUUUCCUCCUAGCUGCUAAGGUGGCCACCGCUGCAGCUGGGGAAAGGUGCUGCACGCAGCACAGCCUCACCCUCUACUCGAGGGACCAGACUAAAGACACACCUUAGCGAACUUCCAGUGUCACUCCCAUCCCUGGAGCGACUUUUCCUGCCAUGUACAUAAAUGAGCAAAUCGUAGCCAAAAUGGGAUCAUGUUUAUUUGGAUUUAAUGUGAUAAACGGUCACAGUUUACUGGGCAGAGGUACCUUUCCUGGUUCUCUGAUUUUUAUUUUCUUUUUUGGAGGAGGAAGAGAGCAACAAAUUAGAAUAUAUUUGUAAGUGUCUUAGAUCCUGAAAAAGAUUUACUGUGCUUGAACUGAACCCACUAGUUUCCCUUUUUGAGUGCUGUGUUUGAUCUCUUGUCAAUUGUCUUGUGAGGUGCAGACACGGGCGGGAAGGAGUCUCUUCUCUUUGUGUUUGAGAGAGAAGUAGUUUGAACUUCCUCCAGCACCUGUCUAUCUGCACCUAAACCACAGAGCCGCGAGCAUUUCCUUGCUCCGACGGUCUUUGUCACCCAGGCCCACUUGUAGCCACAUUGUACCUAUCUUGCUGUGGUUCUCACACAAAUAUUAGUUGGGUUUUUAUAUGUGUUGUUUUGUUUUUAAUAGCUAACUCGGUGUGUGUUAAGUAGUGAAUCAAGACUUUUCCCUGUAAAUGUUUUAUCGCUGCCUUUAAAGAAUGGGUUGUAACCAUGGCUAGAUCACAGCAGUGCCUGAGGAGCUGGCCAGCCUGGAGCGGCUCCCCACCGUCCUGGCAGCGUCAGCCCUGGUGGCUUCAUUCCAUGCUGCCACAAGUCGGCUUACCCCUGGGUGCCCAGGGGCCAGCCUCUAGACUUUUCUAUUGCUCAGUUCUCCUGUUCUUUACCUGUCUGAGUCUGUAACCCUGCGUCUAACUUGCAUUUAAAAAAAAAAUUUUUUUAAAGCAAAAACACACAAAAAAAGCUUUCUUUGUAGUCAACCCAAGCUUGUGCUAUGGACUCAGCUCCCCAGCAGCCUUGAUUUGCUUUGCUGCCUUUGAUCCUUCUCUUUCAAGCUUCCUGCGCAUUUCUGAGCUGUCAAUUUUGUGUCGUGUUCUCUGACCUGAUUUUUCCUCUUAAUCACAAAUUGGCCUCAGAACUUGGGGUCCCUAUGUCCUCCUUUGCUCCUUUGCUUCCCCUCCCCUCGCGUAAUGGCUAGAUAAACAAAAAAAUGUUGGCCUUGAGUUGGCUGGGGAAAAAAAAAAUUUAAAAUUUAAAAAAUUCAAAAAAAAAGGAAAGAGAUCUGUGGAGAAGAGUACAGACGUGAGUGCAGGCGUCUGACAAGUGCUACACGUCGGGCUCUUCCUCCUCCAGGUCUGUAGGCAAGGCAAGGUGUGUGGGAAGUGUGAGGAUGAGGGAGUGCCAGAGCCCAGGGAGGUGGGAGAGCUGAGCUCCAGGAACAAGAACGCCAAAGAGGGGGCUCCUCACACACACACACGCUUGCACGCCCGGGGCCUGGGAGGGGAAGGAGCGGGCUGGAGGCCGGGGUGGCAAGAACGAAUUGAGCAGUGUCCUGGGCAGUUUGGAAGAAGUUGAAGGUUGUCAGCAUAGAAAGACACAAGGUUGGAACUGACACCCAGGGAAACUGAGGAGCGGUGGGUACGCUGCAUUGGUAUGAAUUUGGGGGUUUGUUAUUGCUGGCUUUCAGAAAGAAACUUGCCAAGAAGUUAGGGUGUCCAUUCCAAUUUUGAGUGGAAGUGCAGGAACAGUAUCAAUGCCAAACAGCAGAACGAUUAAGUAAAUGUACCCUUCAACUCUUGCAGCUGUUUAAAAAUGAUAAUCACAAAGAGUUAUGUAGCAAUGGAAAUAUAUUUACAGAAUAGUACGUGGAGAAAGCAGGACACAAAAUUAUAUUUAUACUACAAUUAUAACUGUUUAAAGAGGUAUGCUUAUAGUCAAAAGCUAUUGUGUUGUAGGCAUAUAGUCGAACAUUAUUUUCUUAACUUUCUUGAAUGUCCUUUCAUGGUAGUGUUAGUACAAAGUUAAUGGUCCUAUUUCCAUUGUGAACAUGAUUUGAACUCACUAUAAAUCAUUUGGAAAACAGAAAAGUGGAGGAAAAAACUAUCCACCCCCUGACCAUCCAAAGACAGAUAUAUUCUUCAAUAUCAUUCUUGUCUCUGUGCACGUUUAUGAUUAUAACUGUCAAAAUGUGUAUUCAAGAUACCUGUUAAAUUACUCGUGGAAUUAUGACUAAAUACCUUCAUCACUAUUUUCUCCUUUAAAAUAAUGUCCUGGUAACAGCAUUUGUUCUAUAUGUCACUAUUUCAAGCAUCAUACACACCCUGAGGAGAAAUUGGAAAAUAGAGAAAAUUUAGGAAAGGGAAAAAAAAUCAAUCCAUAUUCCCCAACAUCCAACAACUACCAUUAAGAUCAUUGUAUUUCCUCCAUCUUGUAUCCGUGCACAAUCUUGUGACUAGAACAGUGUUAAAUAUGUCUACAUAAAGUCUAAAAUGAAAAGAAAUGUGGAAAAUAAUUAAAAUCGUGUCGUGGGAUUAUGGUUAAAUAUUUUGUUCCAAAUUUCUAGAAUAAUCUUUGGCCUUUUGGUAACAAGCUUUAUGUACGUAUUUUUCCAUGACAAACUCAAUACAUGCUCAUAGAAAACUGGGCAAUUCAGUAAAGUAGAAGGAAAUCCACUUGUGCUCCCAACAAUUAGCGUUACCACCUUGAUCUGUGAUAAGAUGCACAAGUGUGAAAGACAGGAAGAAAUCUGGAGACAAAUCAAGAGCUAGCUCUGUGGUUGUUGUGGAAUUGCCCUUUGCUGUACUGCCUCAGUUUUUCUGAGUGAUCUUUCUCAUAGUGUUUGGGUAGUUUGCUUCUAUUAUCAUAUAUCUCAUUAUAUAUGCAGUAUCUGUUCAUUAUAGAAACCUUGAAGCUGUGGCAAUGUAGAAGAAACUCGCCAUAUUUUCACCGUCCAAAGGCCGUGGUUAACAUCUUGACGUAUUCAUCUUGUCUCUGUGCACAAGCUUUUGGUUCGUUAAUAUGGUUGUAGUUGUUCUACCUGUAAUAGUGUCAUCAAUAAAAAUAAAGUUAAAAAUAAGGUAU